AGCCCAGGCCAGGAGCGCCUGAAAACUGAACCCAAAAUUCCCCAUCCUCUCUCUCCUAGGGUUCACGCGAUCUCAUUCCCCUUCCGCCCCGCCGCGCCUGCGAUGUCGUCGGAGCCGCCGCCCGCGGAGUCCCCGGAGGCGCCCGAUUCCGCAUCCCCUCCGAAGGGCGCCGCCGCUGCUGGGGUCCUUGUGACGAACACGCUCUGGGUGGGCAACCUGCCCUCCCAUGUGAGCGAGGGCGAUUUGAUGGCGCUGUUCGCGCCGCACGGCGCGCUCGAUUGCGCCCUCGCCCGAGCCGGCUCCCGCAGCUACGCGUUCGUCCUCUUCCGCACCCCCGCCGAGGCUCGCACCGCCGUCGAGGCCACCCGGGGCGAAAAGGUCAAGGGCGCCGCCAUGCGCACCGAGUUCGCGCGGCCGGCCAGAGCUGUUAGGAAUCUGUGGGUUGGUGGCAUUAGCCCAUCGGUUUCAAAGGAGGAGCUAGAGGAGGAGUUCCAAAAGUUUGGAAAAGUUGAAGGUUUUGCAUUCUCCCAAGAUCAGGCUUCAGCGUACAUCGAUUUCGAGAAACUGGAAGAUGCGAUUUCUGCUCACAGGUCUUUGAAUGGAAGAAUUUUAGGUGGCAAAGAAUUGUGUGUCGAUUUCCAGAGGUCCAAGGGAAGAGCGGAAUGGUCAGAAGCGAGCAGCUUCAAUGGUAGAGUAUCAGGGCUGCCAGGUGACAAGAGAGGCACUGCCCCUCUAAAGGGUUCUGCUGGAACACGGGCGCGAGAAGCACAACCUACCAAUGUUCUCUGGGUUGGUUUUCCUGGUUCAUAUAAAGUUAUUGAUGAGGAGGCGCUCAAGCAAGCUAUGUCAGCAUUUGGUGUGGUUACAAAGAUAAAAAUUUUCCAGUCAAGGCAGUAUGCUUUUGUUGAGUUUUCAAGCGUUGUGGAAGCUUAUAAUGCUAAGACGAAUCUAGAUGGCCAUCUUUUCGAUGAUCCCAGGAUUCAGAUUCUUUUCUCAAACAGUGAGCUUGCACCAAAUAAAUUAGAUAACCCAACAUCGGUUUCUGGAUUUUCUAGAUCAGAAAUAUAUUCCAGUGAUGGUCGUCAUGGUCUUGGAAGUGGUACUUUGCAAGGGUAUGAUCCACCAAGAGGAGGAAGAUCAAGACAUUUUGAUUAUGGUGGUUUACCUACUCCAGGUGGAAUCCUUCCACCACCUGAACCAUUUGAUCCAAGAGAAGCAAAAAGAAUGAGGCUUGAUGCUGGUGUUGACCCUUACGAUGUAAGGGCUGGCAGCACAAGUCUUUAUUCUACUGGGUUCCGCAAUCGUGACAGCACUGUGCAUGCCGAGGGGAGUUCAAGUCCUGCUAUUAGAGUCCGAGGCACAGUGCAUCGAACAUCAUACCUUGAGCAUUUUUGGCGUGGUAAUAUCUCCAAAGGUGGAUCUCCUGUUUGCCGUGCUCGUUGUUUGCCUAUAACAAAGGGCAGUAAUAUACCUCUACCGGAUGUUAUUAAUUGUUCAGCUAGGGCGGGAUUAGAUAUGCUGGCAAAGCACUAUGCGGAUGCUACUGGAUUUGAUGUUGUGUUUUUCUUACCAGAUAGUGAAGAUGACUUUGUUUCUUAUACUGAGUUCUUGCGCUAUUUGGGCUCGAAAAGCCGAGCAGGGGUUGUAAAGGUUGAUGCAGGGACUACUUUAUUUUUGGUACCGCCAUCAGAUUUCUUGACAAAUGUCUUGCAAGUUGACGGCCCAGAGCGCCUUUAUGGUGUAGUAUUGCAUAUUCCACAAAUGUCUGCUGCUGCUGCUCUCAGGCCACAGUUGACUGGACCAGAACUACAACCUUACUAUGAUGAAAGGGGAACUCUGCCUACUUCACAAAGAAAGUAUAGUAUCAUUUCUCCCAGUGACAAUGGCCAUCAUGAUGCUGAUUAUCGUGGAUCUUUACGUGAGGAGUCGAUGCAUCAUUUGGGGCAAAUAGCUGGAAGGCCUCGGAUGGAUGAAGGGCAAGCAGUUCAGCCAGCUCUUGCAGGUUUUCCGACAAAUCAAACAGCUGCAACACAAGUUCAACCUCCAGUCAAGCCUGAUAUUAUGGCUACCUUGGCAAAGCUUAUGCCAAGUGUGCAAUCAUCAACUCUGGUAAGUGGUCAGAUGCCAAUGAACUCCACAGACAGACAAUCACAGAUGCAUGAUCCAUCUAUGCUUUCUAAAGCAUGGAAUCCAGAAAAUCAAUCUUCAGCUUCAAAUUUACCCUUUGGCCAAAUUGCUAAUCUUCAGCAGCCAGGGCAGCAGUUCAGCAGGCAAACUUCAGCUGCUCAUCUGACAAACUAUGGGAGCAUGGUGGGUGCUCUGGAGCACUCAGCACAGCAUACUGCUUACAACCCCGAAGUUGCUUUGAACCUACCGCCACCGCCACCAAAUCCUACACCAACACACAGUUCUAUUACAUUACCAUCUCAAGGUGGACACAGUUUGCCCACACAGACGAACCAGCAGCUUUAUCAGCCAGAGCAGUAUUAUGUGCCACAAAGCAACUAUGGUCCAUUAGCUACGGGUAGCCAUUCUAACCUUCAAGCCAGCAAUGCUAACAACCCUGCCCCUCCCCUUCCGCAAGUAAACCGUGGACCUCCAGCAAAUAAUCAGAUAGGAAAUUUGCCCCAGCUCCAGCCCUCAUCUCAUGGACAACAACAACAAUUUGCUCCUGGGGCUGCACAAGCUCCAGAUGAGGCAGAUAAAAGUAAGAAGUACCAGGCGACCCUCCAGUUGGCUCAAAACCUACUGCUUCAGAUACAGCGUCAAUCUGGAAAUCAGUCAUGAGACCUAACUAUAUCUUCAGGUAAGUCCACUCCAUCUGAUUUUUGUUGUUGUUAUAUAUCCUGUCUGCUUAUGUGCAUGGUUCAGCUAAUCAUUGGUUACUUAAUCUUAAGCCCAACAAGUACCAUGCAUUUGUUAAGUUAAAAAUACGAAUUUACACAAAAUAGUUAUGUUUAGACAAUAUAGCAGAACUAUUACCAGAAAAUGACCAUUGCUUGGCAUCAAUAGCUGAUGUUAAGUUGGCUUAUUAGGCACAAGGCACAUCAAACACACUGAAACGUGACACAAGGGUUUAUAGCACUUCUGAUUAGCAACACUUAGUUGCAAUGACAGAAAGUUAAGUCUUGUUAAGUUAAACCAUUUUUGCACACUUGCUUUUAAUAGUAUUUGCUUGUAUACUACUUUUUUUUUGUGAGGAUGCUUGCAUAAAUGUUGAUAUCUGCAUAAUCUUUUUUGUGAGUGUCUUAGCAUUACAGUAAACCCAGUAUGACAGGCAUGCUAAAACACUGCAUACCUUACUUGAGGCAACAUUAGCUCUUUAGAAUUGGUAAAUGUAUGGACAUCUUUAAUGUAAUGGCUUUGUGAUAUCUAUACUCGAGAAGCUUGGGGUUACAUUGAAAUAAAACAACACGAAAAGAAUUCUUCAACAGUUUGGCACGCCGUUUUUUGGUUCUCACGCUGCAGUGGAAAUACACAUUUCUCAUGCCACGAUGAGAAACCAUCAAACCAUACAACAGCACUUAUAUUUGCGGUCAUUUGCGUUACUCGGUAAAGCACACAUUUACCAUCAAACCAUUUCUUCUGCUAGCCUUGCCGUCGUUUGCAGUACUGAGUAUAGCUCACAUGUACCAUGUAGGAUCGACCAUCUGACCUUGGGCUAACCUUAAGACAAUCAAUAUACCGAACAGCAUGCCUGAUUGUACAACAAUGUGCUUCCAGAUCACCUGCUUAGGCCUUGUAGAAUAUUUCAUCCACUUUUCAAGCCUCACGUUUAUUCUGUUACGGCAUCGAGUUUAUUGAUUCAAUGAAACUGCAAAGUGAACAACCAGUGGACUGCGAUCUUUGAAAGCUAGUGGUGGUUGGUAUGAUCCAUUUAGCUAAGUCUAAAAGCUACACAUAGGUAUCAUCGAUCCAUUCAGCUGUGUUCUUUGAUUCUCCGAUUCAUAUCAACGUUUUUGGUUGGCUAGUGAAGGUGAGAAACAGGGCAACUUCAGCCCCAACGUACAGCUUAGGACUAAGGGCGCAUUUGUUAUCGCAACCGUCAUCGUUAGCAUUGUGGUGUCACGUUUUAAGUUUUAACAUUCUGGGAAGUGAGAACCAGUUCCGUUCCUGUUCAAGCUACUGUAUAAACAAGCGGAUUUAUCACCAAGUUCAAAAUUCUAUGGUAAUUAGCGGCCAUAUGCAACAAAAUCAACCGUGUCCGUUUUCUUAUUCUACUCAAGUAGUCAGGUUCAGGAUUGUGCCCUUGGCUCGUUAUUCGCUCGUUCCGGGCAUAUCCGCGUCUGUGCGCCGACCGGUCCAGCUGCGUUCGUUCCACUGCUGCGUUCCUCAUCUGUAGAACUAUCUGCUGCGCGCGUCAUCUUGUGGCGUGUAUCUGACACGAAAUCAUAAAAAAAUCGUAUGUGCGCAGAGCUUGCCGGUAAAACAAUUCGGUUCGUGCGGCGCACGCUUUUUCGACCCCCUUGGCUCCCUCGGUCUCCCUGGGCACGAUCUCUUUCGUUGUGCACGUGGAUACCGCUAAUCGUUACGGCCAACGCCGGAACCUCCCCGUUUACUGGGUAAUUCCCGAAUAACGAAGACACGACGACUUUCUUUUCUCGGACGUUUGGGGGGUAUAAAUCGCCAAAACAAUGCCAGCGAAAAGCUUUGGAUCCCAGUCGUGCUCGUGCUACUGUCUCUAGCUGUCAAAAGUCAAGCUGGGCUGAAUUAUACAGCACUAGACCGUGUUGUGUCUGAUGUGGCAAAUGCAGCUGCAGCGCUUGCUUCACCCAACUGUUUAGGUCUUUAGGCUUUAGGUCUAACCUCUCUCUGUCCAGGCAAAUAAAUGUCGCAUACGCUUAGGCUUCAGCCGGUUUAUUUUUAAAUUUAUCUUGCGACUUAAAAAUGGCUUGCAAGAUGCACUUGUGGGAUUUUCAUGAUGCGUUUCCUGCAAUCUAGUACAUUCGUGAUUAACAAAUAUACUAUGCGUUCAAUAAUCGUUUCUCUUUAUCCAUACUCAAGUCAGAUUCUUCAGCAUUGUAUGCCUGACAGUAGCGUACGUUUGUGUGUAGGUACCCUCAAAAGUCAAAUCUCAGCUCGGAUUGUCUCUGACAAACAGGGAAAAAAAGAAAGAAAGAAAGAACGAUAAUCCAACUCGUUAUGCUUCAUCUCCUCUCCUGCAGCGCCUCAACAGAUGCGGCCCAUGGUGUCAGUGGCUACUCGUUAGUCGUUACCCUCCCGAUAUGGAUGUACUCCUAGUUGAUACCCACCUACCGCUACCGGACAGCGACGGAAUCAGCGUAGUUAUCCCAGUUCCGCUUUUCUUUAAAGACAAGCUUUACCAGAAACGUUUUCUCUUUCUCCGUUUUAUUUUCAUGUACUAUUUUGAUAUAGAUAUUUCAUUGUGGGCUUUCUAGCCUUAUGUUUGCAUGUUGGGAUGGCCUUUUAUGUGGCCUGGUGGUAUUUUGUAUACUUCUUUUGAGAUCAUAUAUUAUGUCAUGUCAUGUCACACUA